AUGCCCGUGAAUGAGGCGGAAACCAUCCGCAUCCUCAUCUCCACUGACAAUCAUGUCGGUUAUAACGAACGAGAUCCUAUCCGUGGAGAUGAUAGCUGGAAGAGCUUCCAUGAGAUCAUGUGCCUGGCCAAAGAGCGAGAUGUCGAUAUGAUACUCUUGGCUGGAGAUCUAUUCCAUGAGAACAAGCCGUCGCGUAAAUCCAUGUACCAAGUGAUGCGGUCAAUUCGAAUGAAUUGCUUCGGGGAUAAGCCUUGUGAGCUGGAAAUGCUCAGCGAUGCGAGUGAAAACUUUCAUGGUGCUUUCAACCAUGUUAACUAUGAAGACUUGGAUAUGAAUGUGGCUAUUCCCAUUUUCUCUAUCCAUGGCAACCAUGACGAUCCAUCUGGAGAAGGCCAUUUGGCUGCGCUGGAUCUGCUGCAGGUGUCCGGACUUCUCAACUACUACGGCCGUACCCCGGAGUCAGACAAUAUUCAGAUCAAACCAGUCUUGUUACAGAAGGGCCGGACAAAAUUGGCACUUUAUGGAAUGAGCAAUGUUCGCGAUGAACGACUUUUCCGCACAUUUCGUGAUGGCAAGGUCAAGUUCUUCCAACCCUCUGUUCAGAAGGACGACUGGUUCAACUUGAUGUCCGUUCACCAGAAUCACCAUGCACAUACCGAGACCAGCUACUUACCCGAGAAUUUUCUUCCUGAUUUCCUCGAUCUUGUUGUCUGGGGACACGAGCAUGAAUGCUUGAUUGAUCCCAAGCUUAAUCCUGAGACGAAGUUCCACGUCAUGCAACCAGGAUCAUCUGUCGCUACAUCCCUUGUGCCCGGAGAGGCUGUGACAAAACAAGUUUCUAUCCUCAGUGUUACAGGUCGAGAAUUUAAGAAUGAGCCUAUUCGGCUAAAAACCGUGCGGCCAUUUGUGAUGCGUGAGGUUGUAAUGUCAGAAGAAAAGGGGGCCCAGAAGCUUGCCCGCAAAGAAAACAAUCGGACAGAAGUCACCCGAUUUCUCAUGUCUAUUGUGGAGGAGUUGAUUGAAGAAGCCAAUGCUGAAUGGCUUGAGGCGCAAGGCGAGCGCAACGAGAAUGAAUUUGAUGAAGAUGCAUCCCAGCCGCCCCUUCCUCUCAUCCGCCUACGUGUCGAGACAUCUACACCAGAAGGAGGGAUUUACGACUGUGAAAAUCCGCAGCGAUUCUCGAACCGCUUCGUGGGUAAGGUGGCCAAUGUCAACGACGUUGUGCAAUUUUACCGGAAGAAGAAGACAUCGUCUACUUCACGCAAGGGUGAUACCUCGAUCGAUGAGGCGGCUGUCUCUCAUUUGGCAGCACUUGAUACUGUGAAAGUCGAGCAGCUCGUUCGCGAAUUUCUUUCUUCACAGUCGUUGAGUAUUCUGCCGCAAAAUUCUUUCGGGGAUGCUGUUGCCCAGUUUAUUGAUAAAGAUGACAAGCAUGCAAUGGAAAUGUUUGUCAAUGAGUCUCUCGAGAGUCAAGUCAAGCACUUGCUAGCUUUAGAUCGUGAUGACGACGGUAUGGAUGAGGAACAGGAACAAAGCUCAUUGACCACGGCGAUGGAGAAGUACCGAGGGCAAAUGGAGAACAUGUUCUCCAACGGUGUAAAAAAGCGAACUCGUGGCAAAAAACGGUUUAAGCCCAAGCCAGAUGGCUGGGAUAGCGAGUUUGACGGUGUAUGGGAGGAUCAGCCUGGCGCAUUGAUUCAUUCUGACAACGAGGGGGGUGAUCCGGCCGAGGAAGAAGCUGGAGAAGAUGGCACAGCCCCAGCUCGCAGUCGUGCAGCAGCUGCACCUGCUCGUGGCCGGGGUCGAGGUCGUGGUCGGGGUGCUGCCGCCAAUGCGCGCACCACCAAGCCCAAGACAACUGCCGCAGCUACUAAGGGUCGCAAGAAGCAGGUCGUUUCCGACGAGGAAUCAGAUGUGAUCAUGCUAGACGAUGACUCCGAGGGUCAUGCUGCCAAUAUAAUUUCCGAUGACGAUGAUGAUUCACAGGCGUUGUUCGUCAAGCAACCCAAGUCUACUACUACCAAGUCACGGACGGCUGCACCCACGACAACUACUCAGCGCCGCGGGCGAGCUGCUGCUUCGCCAGCUCCGUCUUCAACUACUGUUGGCGCAAGUGCUUCUCGUCGGGCUCCCGCGUCGCGAGCUAAGGCCCAAAGCACCUUGAACUUUGGUUCUCAGGCUAGUGCACCUCAGUCAUCGAGGCCAAGUCGCUCCACGCGUAAUUUGAGUGUCAUAAGCGAUGGUGUUGACGAUGACGAUGACGAUGACGAUGCGUUUGAAGAAAUGCCGAGUACCAGUUCUCGUCGACGAAGGUGA